GCAGCAGUAAACGGAGCAGCUGAAGCUCCAGCGGGGCUAAAAAUAAUCAACUUUUCCCUUUUUAAUACUCUGUGUUUUAUCUCUACUCCUCUGUUUUCUUUCUUUCGGUCUGUUUUCUGUCUUUUUUCCUCCUUUUUAAACCCAGACAUCCGGAAUGAAACGCUGUCACUGAGGAUUAUUACUUUACUUCGAGAUCGACUCCCCGGUUCGAGCGGAGCGGCCCGGCGGUGGCAUGGCCUUGUCGUUUUGUGGCAACAGCAAGGAACUCAAUCCCUACAGCGUGGACAAGGGCGUGCUGAACAAUGGCUGCUUCGUGGACGCCCUCAACCUGGUUCCUCACGUCUUCCUGCUCUUCAUCACCUUCCCCAUCCUCUUCAUCGGUUGGGGCAGUCAGAGCUCCAAGGUGCAGAUCCAUCACAACACAUGGCUUCACUUCCCCGGACACAACAUGAGGUGGAUCCUCACCUUCCUGCUGCUGUUCAUCCACGUGUGCGAGUUCGCCGAAGGCAUCGUCUCCAACAAUAGGGUGAUGUCCAGCAACCACCUCCAUCUCUUCAUGCCGGCCUUCAUGGGCUUCGUAGCAGCCACGACGUCGGUGGUUUAUUACCACAACAUAGAGACGUCCAACUUCCCCAAACUGCUGCUCGUCCUUUUCAUCUACUGGGUGUUGGCGUUCAUCACGAAGUCCAUCAAGCUGUGGAAGUUCGCAGAGUUUAAAGUGGGCCCACAGCACCUGAGGUUCUGCAUCACGGCGCUGUUGGUGAUCCUGUAUGGGCUUCUGAUGGCCGUGGAGAUCAACGUCAUCAGAGUCAGGAAAUACGUGUUCUUUGCCAACCCUCAGAAGGUGAAACCACCGGAGGAUUUGCAGGAUUUGGGGGUUCGCUUUCUGCAGCCGUUUGUCAACCUGCUGUCCAAGGCGACAUAUUGGUGGAUGAAUCCUCUCAUCAUUGGAGCCCACAAGAGGCCGAUAGAGCUGAAGAAGAUCGGCAAGCUGCCCAUCGCCAUGAGGGCGCUCACCAACUACCUGAGGCUCAAAGACGCCUACGAGGAUCAGCGGACGGCCGAGGAUCCUGAUCGAGCUCCGUCGAUCUGGCGCUCCAUGUAUCGAGCGUUCGGCCGGCCCAUCCUGCUCAGCAGCACCUUCCGCUACCUGGCCGACCUGCUGGGCUUCGCCGGGCCUCUCUGCAUCUCUGGCAUCGUGCAGCACCUGACGUCUAAGGAGGAAGUUGUGUCCGCUGACAAGAUAAAGGAGACCCACUUAGGCGUGUACUUCAUGUCCUCCACGGAGCUGCUGCAGAACAGCUCGGUUCUGGCCGUCCUCCUCUUCCUGGCUUUGGUCCUGCAGAGAACCUUCCUGCAGGCUUCGUACUACGUCACCAUAGAAACGGGCAUCAACCUGCGAGGAGCUCUGCUGGCGAUGAUCUACAACAAGAUCCUGCGUCUGUCCACCUCCAACAUGUCCAUGGGGGAGAUGACGCUGGGGCAGAUCAACAACCUGGUCGCUAUAGAGACCAACCAGCUGAUGUGGUUCCUCUUCCUCUGUCCCAACCUGUGGGCCAUGCCUGUGCAGAUCGUGAUGGGAGUGAUCCUGCUCUACUAUCUGCUGGGCUGGAGUGCUCUGGUAGGAGCGUCUGUCAUCGUCCUGCUGGCGCCGGUCCAGUACCUCAUAGCUACGAAGCUGGCAGACACACAGAAGAACACGCUGGAACACUCUACGGAUCGCUUGAAAACCACAACAGAGAUUUUAAAAGGCAUAAAGCUGCUGAAGCUGUACGCCUGGGAGAACAUCUUCUGCGACAGCGUGGAGGAGACCAGAGGCAAAGAGCUCACCAGCCUCAAGACCUUCGCGUUCUACACGUCGAUGUCCAUUUUCAUGAACGCUGCGAUUCCCAUCGCUGCUGUUCUGGCGACGUUCGUGAUGCAUCACUUCAUCAACAAAACCGGCCCGACUCCUUCUGAGGCCUUCGCGGCUCUGGCGCUGUUCCACAUCCUGGUCACUCCUCUCUUCCUGCUGUCCACCGUCGUCAGAUUCGCCGUCAAGGCUCUGGUCAGCGUCCAGAAGCUCGGCGAGUUUCUCCAGAGUGACGAAAUCGGAGACGACAGCUGGAGGAACGGUGACAUAUCUGUGACCCUGGAACCUGGAAAGAAACACCUGGGGAUGACCAAAGCCAUCAACAGGAAGCAGCCGAUGCGCUACCAGAUGGACAACUACGAGCAGCCGACCAGGCGGCAGAUGAGGCCGACGGAGACGGAGGACGUGGCUGUAAAGGUGAGCAACGGAUCCUUCACGUGGGGAAACAACCAGCUGACGCUGUCAGACAUCAGCAUACGGAUCCCUACAGGUCAGCUGACGAUGAUCGUGGGCCAGGUGGGUUGUGGGAAAUCCUCCCUGCUGCUGGCCAUGCUCGGAGAGAUGCAAGCCAUUGAAGGAAGAGUCUACUGGAGCAACAAGAACAGAUACUCGGUGGCCUACGCCGCCCAGAAGUCGUGGCUGCUCAACGCCACCGUGGAGGAGAACAUCACCUUCGGCAGCCCGUUCAACAAGCAACGGUACAAAGCGGUGAUUGAGGCCUGCUCUCUGCAGCCCGACAUCGACCUGCUGCCUUUUGGAGACCAAACUGAGAUCGGAGAGAGGGGCAUCAACCUGAGUGGAGGUCAGAGGCAGCGGAUCUGCGUGGCCAGAGCUCUGUACCAGAACACCAACAUCGUCUUCCUGGACGAUCCUUUCUCGGCGCUCGACAUCCACCUCAGCGAUCACUUGAUGCAGGAAGGAAUCCUCAAGUUCCUGCAGGAUGAUAAGCGAACGGUGGUCCUGGUCACACACAAGCUUCAGUAUCUCAUCCACGCUGACUGGAUCAUAGCGAUGAAGGACGGCUCAGUGCUACGAGAGGGAACCCUGAAAGACAUUCAGACUCACGACGUGGAGCUUUACGAUCACUGGAAAACCCUGAUGAACAGACAGGACCAGGAGCUGGAGAAGGACAUACAGCAGGACAGUCAAACAAUGCUCGAGAGGAAGACGCUGAGGAGAGCUUUCUACUCCAGAGAGGCCAAGAACCAGAUCGACGAUGAGGAUGAAGAGGAAGAGGAGGAGGAGGAAGACGAUGACAACAUGUCCACGACCACCAACAGACGAUCAAAGAUCCCCUGGAAGGUGUGCUGGUGCUACCUGUCCUCUGGUGGCUUCUUCAUGGUCUUCCUCAUGGUUUCCUCUAAACUCCUCAAACACUCCGUCAUCGUUGCCAUCGACUACUGGCUGGCUCUCUGGACCUCCUCCAAAACCAACCAGAGCACAGAAGGCGGAUCGGACAUGUUUAAUGGAACCAGACCUGCUAACGGCACACUUCCCACCCCUGGUACUUCGGACGCUGAGCAGGACUCCUACUAUCUGCCGGUGUUCAUCGUCCUGUGUGCGGCCGGCAUCACGUUGUGCCUCAUCACCUCGCUCACGGUGGAGUUUCUGGGUCUCUCUGCAGCCACCAACCUGCACCACAACCUGCUCAACAAGAUCAUCCACGCCCCCAUCAGGUUCUUUGACAUCACUCCUCUGGGGCAGAUCCUCAACAGGUUCUCAGCUGAUACCAACAUCAUCGAUCAGCAUAUUCCUCCGACGCUGGAGUCUCUGACGAGGUCCACGCUGCUCUGUCUGUCGGCCAUCGGGGUCAUAGCCUCGAUCACUCCCGCCUUCCUGCUCGCCUUGGUUCCCCUGGGGGUGGCCUUCUACUUCAUUCAGAAGUAUUUCCGGGUCGCGUCCAAGGAUCUCCAGGACCUCGAUGACUCCACACAGCUUCCUCUGCUCUGCCACUUCUCUGAGACAGCUGAAGGUCUGACCACGAUACGAGCAUUCAGACACGAGGCUCGGUUUAAACAGCGGAUGUUGGAGCUGACAGACACCAAUAACACGGCCUACCUGUUCCUGUCGGCUGCCAACCGCUGGCUGGAGGUCCGAACGGACUACCUCGGAGCCGUGAUCGUGCUAACAGCAGCAGGAACGUCGAUAUGGAGUUUACGAUACGGUUUGCCCGCCGGAGGCCUGGUGGGCCUCGGACUCACCUACGCCCUCACGGUCACCAACUACCUGAACUGGGUCGUGAGGAACCUGGCAGACCUGGAGGUCCAGAUGGCAGCUGUGAAGAAAGUCAACAGCUUCCUCGGCACAGAGUCGGAGAACUACGAUGGAUCUAUGGAUUCCUCUCAGGUGCCCGAGAACUGGCCUCACAACGGCGAGAUAAAGAUCCAGGACCUGUGCGUUCGCUACGACCCGAUGCUCAAGCCGGUGCUCAAACACGUCAACGCCUACGUCGAGCCGGGCCAGAAGGUGGGAAUCUGCGGCCGGACGGGCAGCGGCAAGUCGUCGCUGUCGUUGGCCUUUUUCAACAUGGUGGACAUUUUCGAAGGGAAGAUCAUCAUCGACGGGAUUGACAUCUGCAAGCUUCCUCUGCAAACUCUCAGGUCGCGACUCUCCAUCAUCCUCCAGGAUCCCGUCUUAUUCAGCGGAUCAAUAAGAUUUAAUCUGGACCCGGAGAGGACGUGCACCGACGAUCGACUCUGGGAGGCGCUAGAGAUCGCUCAGUUGAAGAACAUGGUGAAAGCGCUGCCUGGAGGACUAGAUGCGGUGGUUACAGAAGGCGGGGAGAACUUCAGCGUCGGUCAGAGGCAGCUCUUCUGUUUGGCCAGAGCUUUCGUCAGGAAGAGCAGCAUCCUCAUCAUGGACGAAGCCACGGCGUCCAUAGACAUGGCCACGGAGAAUAUCUUACAGAAAGUCGUGAUGACGGCGUUUGCAGACAGAACAGUCGUUACAAUCGCACACCGCGUCCACACCAUCCUAACAGCCGACCUGGUCAUCGUGAUGAAGCGCGGCAACAUCCUGGAGUACGACAAACCCGAGACUCUGUUGGAGCAGGAGGACGGGAUGUUCGCGUCGUUCGUCAAGGCUGACAUGUAGACACACAAUCAGACGGCUCGACCCACCAACAGCUGACGGACUGCUCAGUUUGUUGGUCCUGUUUUUUAUCGAUGUGGUGGAUGAACCUCUAUCGGACUCCGGUGAAGCCAAUGAUGAACCGUGUUUCUUAAACGAGAAGCUUCACUCUGUGGGAGGAAACGCAUUCAGCCACUUGGUGUGUUUAACAAGCGGUACUUGAAGCAGUCCCUCUGUUGAAUGAUGCCUUUUUAGGAUCUGACGUAUCUACACGCCGUUUAUUACUUAAUGAGUUUUUAAAGGUUUUUACACUGACAGUAACUAAUUAUACUGGUGGAUCAGUGACGGUUAAACAGUCAAGAAAACGGAAGUAUUUUUUAACAACUAAGGAUUUCACCUAAAUCCCAAACCAACCUCAAGGGAGAUCUGACAAUUUAAAGUCUUUCUUCUGGUCCAUAUUUUGAGUUUUCCAACCAAUAAGCAGUCAGAAGGAUUUUGUUUCUGUUGCUCACAGUGUUGAAAAGUUCGAUUAACAAUCAGACGUCGCUGUGAAGUGUCCUCGCUUUAGCUUCUGUCUACCAAAGAAUCCUCGAGGUACAUGAUGGAUUAUUCACAGCAACAAAACCUGCUGCUGUUGUGUCGUUAACGCCCCACUAAUGAAACUCCGUUCCCCUCUAUUUGCAGUAAUCACGGAUAUGAGUUGGUGAUAUUUGUGUGACGCAUUUUGGCUGGAAGAUGGACGCUAAUCACAUCUUUCCUGUAAUACAGGACGUGUUACGCCUCAUUUAAAGCAGCCAGCAGAAUAAUCUUAUUCUGUUUCUAGUUAACAAUGGACUAACUAUUAGUAAACCGUCAAUUAAAGUGAGUUAAGGCGAGACGCUGCAGACAAAAGCACGGUUCUGUCACAGGUUUCUCAGGUCAUUUCUGUAAAAUUUCUCCCCCCUUGCAUCAAGAAAAACAUCCAAAAUACACAUUUCAAGUGCAAAUCAAUGCAUAUUUAAUGAGAUAACACCUCAUCUGCACAUUUUAAGUUCAUGAGAACUUUCUGAAAAAUGUAAAUAAUGAACUGAGGUGUUUUCAUAUCAGGUAGUUGAAAAGUUUUUACCUGUAGGAUGUGUUUUCCUGUUAACAUACGUAGAGUUUUACAGCACAUAUCAGUACAGAAAUCAGAAAUCUGAACUUCAAACUUUCCAGUUUUAUUCUUAUUUCUAUUUAAACGGGAGUUUGUUCACGUAUCAUUCACGGCCCCGUGGACGUCUUUGACUCUAAUAUGUCGACAAAAGACACAAGUCGGAUUUGUGUUCUGGAAAUUAAUGCAAAGUAAGGAUGCAUAUUUAAUUAGAUAAGGCCUUAUUUGUAGUAAACAGUCAUCUGGGGGAGGUUUCAUGGUGACAUCUAGUACUUCAGAAAUAUCACACCUGUAGUGUCUCUUCUUAAAGGAUAGUUUUCUUUCCAUCAAUAAAUCCCAUUAAAGACAAAACCGGCAAUGAAUCGAUCGUCCUAUGAAACAUGAAUGCGCUUGUUUAUUCUAAUGUGAAGCCCACAAAACAUUAUCUGUUGGUUUGAUUAAAACCACUGCUGGUUUAGGAAGUUAUUUAACCUUUAAUCAAAAUGUGUAUAUGUUUGUGAUGUGGUUUUAAAGAUUUACUCGGGAUCCAGCUUCAGUAUGUUUGAAUUGCAAAACGGACAAAGAAAGAUGUGGAAGGUGAAAAUGAGAAACCAGCAAGAAAAAAACACCAAAAAUGCCCAAAGUUUGAGAUUAUUUAUGGUGAAAUACCUCCAAAACGCUGAGCACAGCUAAGCUAGCCUGCUGCAGUAGCGUCAGUGCUUUAGCUUGGCAGCAGAAAACCUUCAGUCAAUGCAUUUAGCAUUAGCAUUAGCAUUAAAUCAAGUUAAAUGUUGGGUUGAAAUCAUUGACUAUAUAGAUAUUAUAUAUGUGCUUUUAUAUGCAGUCUUGAGGUUGUGAUGAAGGCUGCUGAACUGUAAAGUCGAGUACAGGAGACAAGCAGCAACAAGCGCCAUGCUAACAGCUAGGCUAGCUAACUGAAGCUAGCCGAGUCAUUGCUCAGCAGUGUUUCGCUACGUCACCAAUCAGAGCUAAUAAAGCUGAUUCAACCACCAGCAAUAAUAUAAAUAUGAGGCAGGUUUGUCGACUUAACCUGUUCUGUGUUAUUGACCGGCUAACGAGCAAACCGCUAGCAAUAACUGUCGCUAUGUUAGCUAUCGAUAGCAGCAGCUCCAACUGAGAGACAGACUCGCGUAUUGCUGGUUUUGGUCUUUCUGUGGGAUUUAUGGACAGACAGAAAAGUUUAGUUUUAUCUAGGUUAUUCGAAUAGAACUGAUUUAAUUUCAGGUUUUGUGACAGUGAAAACGGUUUAACUUCAGAUGGUGUGUAGAGAAUCGUUUAUGAAAUAGUCUGAGCUCUUUUAUAUGAUGUCUUUAAUUAUCUUGUGUAAAAAACAUUUCUUAUCAUUUAGAUUUAUGCACCACUUUCUGUAUCGGUUUAUAUUUUUUAGCACUUUUAUUAAGCAAAUAUAAAGAAGGAACAAAUAUUUUAUUUUUAAAAUCCUCGUCAGUGUUUUUAUAUCAUGAAAUCCGACUCACUGGAAAGGAUUUUAAAUGUUAAUAUUUUGGUUUAUUCCGCGCUACAUUUUGAUGUUGAGUUCUGCCGUGGAGGUAAAACCGACAGAAAUGACAAAGCUGUCGCCGCCGCUUCAUGUCCGCCCGAGGAAACGUUUACAUCAUGUUGGAGGAUGAAGUGGAUUUUUUUUGGCCAAAGAGGAGACUUCAGACCUUAAAACGUCCUCAUUCUGCCAGGAAUCACCACCAGGAGGUCGACUUGUACGUCUUUUUUUUCCUAUUUUUCAACGGCGGAUGAUGUCGACUUCGCAAAAUCCUCAUCUGUGUCAACGAAGUGAGACGGUCAGGGUGAAAGAGCUUCAAGAAAGUCAAGUGUCUCCAACAAACUUUGGUGUUUAAAGUGGAAACGGACCAGAAACAAACCAAAAUGAGCUUUUUCCACAAAAUGCUUCAUGUGUGCUCUCUGACAAAUCUUCGGCUAGAGUGUUUUCCCCAAAACAUCUUCGACUUUUCAUCAGAUAAAAACAUGAACAAACACGAGUUCUGAAGCUAAACUUUGCUGGUUCUGGUCUUGUUCCACCUUCGUUCUGUCGGUUUUACUUCUGCUCCUACAUUAGUACAAACACUGUCGGUGUCUCGGCUGCAGCCGCUGAACCUGCUGUCUGUCUGUCAUGCUUUGCUGAACUUGUAACCUUUUGGGGACAAUAGACGCCCAACAGAAGCUCCUGGAGCCGGAGAUGCUUCACUUUGGAGGUUUGGAGGCGUUCAAUCGACUCCAGCUAACGAAAGCUCAAACUUAACCACGUAGUAGCUGUCAAACCCAAAGAGGAUUAGCACUUCUGUCCAGUAUUUUAGCCCCUUUUGAGCUCAUUGUUUUUAUUUUUAGCCACUUGAUGAGCAGCCAGACACAGUUAGCAAAUAGCUGGAAGAAAACUAUUAGUAGUCGGUGGAGACCAAAGUCGAGCUAAAAGGAGAACUUUAAAUAUAUGUCAGCUCAUGUUGCCGCCACCUAAAAAUACAAUGUUCAGACACGAUUAGAGAAGUUUAAAGCUAGAUUUUGAGUCAACACAGAAGACUUAAAGUUUGAAUUUGCGCAAGAUAACACAAUCUUGUACAUUCGAUUUUUUAAUUAUUACACAGUUUGCAUUGAUUAAGCCGAGAAACUUCAGAGCAGGUGAGCUUUUUACGCACACAAAGUUGUGGAAGAGUUUUUAUUUCUAAUUUCUGGUGCAGUUUCAGUGUCUGAACGGUGAAUAUAAAACUACAUCCAGCGACCGGUUAGCCUAGCUUAGCCUAGCUUAGCAUAAGGAACUGGAAACAGAAGGGAAACGGCUAACCUGAGUCUGUUCACAGUUAACAAAAUCUACCUGCCAGCAGCUUCAAAGUUCACAAAAUGACACGUUAAUUCUAAUUAGUUUAAUUUGUGCAGCAGUUACACGUCCCAGUUAAUAUAAUCAACCAACCGGUGUUGGUUAACAGUCGUCUUGUUCUGCGUUUAGACACAUCUGAACAAGAUCUAGAGAGAAAUUCUGAUAAUUACAAGAUUCUGCACAGUAGAAAAGUCCAGAACCUGCCUGAAAACUGUCACUUUUAAACAGUUUUUCAGUUUAAAUGAGAUUCCUUUUAGUUAAUUUUUGUAAAAAUGGAGCAUCCCAGUAUAAACUCACCGUUUCUAGUCCAACUUUCUGUUUCUGGUGAAAGUUUACACGAGCCGAAACUUGUUAUAUCACGUUCUCCACGUUCAUAUUCAUCACAUCGAUCAGUUUUUCUGUCCUGAACACUUCCGUCGCUGCAUCUUGAUCACAGGUUUUUCUAGAAUCUCUCGUCUCUCUGGGAGCGGUGCUAUUGUCCCUUUGUAUUAUUGUACAUUAACUAUACUUACUUAGCUUUUGGAUGAGGUUUUUUAAAUGACUUGUACUGUACAGAAUGAAUACAGAAUAUUUUAGCUUUUUUUUAAAACUAUAUCGUACUCUUCAUCUCAACAAGCUGCCACUUUCCAGCUCGGUGGGGUUUAAGCUCCACAUUUCUUCUUUCUUCUCCAAAGUUUCCACCUUCCUCUGAUCCACUGCAGGUUCUCCAAGUCCUCCUUCACCUCCCGAGCUAAAGACUUAAUGCUGCUUCUCUUCUUUAAACCUAAUUCAGCUGCCUUUUUGUAGAGUUUUGUGUUCAGCAUGAACCGUGUGUUCGCCGCUGCCUUGUAAAGUCCACGAACCGUCUCUGAAGCAGCAUCAGACGCUGUUUUAUGAGGAAAAUGUGUGGUUUUUUUUGCAUCUUUCUUCCUCGCGUUACAGUUUGCACUCACUUCCUGCUCGAAGACUCUUUUUAGAGCCGAUUUCAGACAUUUUUUGUUUAGUUUUAGGGAACAAAAAACACAAACUUUCAUAUUUUAAACGCAGCAAAUCGGCGGAAACUUAAAAUUCUGCCUUUGCACAUAACGUUAUGCACUCGUGGUCAGAGCUAUGCAGAUCUGAACGCACAUCCGACUGUCAAAGAAUGCAACUUAAACGUGUUUUUCUUUACAGGUGCAGGUGGAGUUUGGAGGGUUUUUUAAACGUCUGUACAUUGUGUUUGUAGUCGCCUGUAUAUCGAAGGGUUUGAACAUGUAGAGAGCUGUUCUUAUGUGUGCCUGAUUUCUUUCUUCUUCUUUUUUUACACUUGAAAUGAUAAUAAAAUGGUUUUGAGUGACGUGA